GUGAGGUGGGGUACAUAGUUUAGUAGUUAGCAGCAAAUUCCUGAACACAGCUGAAUCCAUGGCCGUCACAAAAUCUAUGGCACGCUUGAAUUUCUGCCGCUAUUUCCUCAGUUCAUUCUCUUCUCAGAGCAAAUUUAGAUUCUUCAGCUCUGUUUCAACCUCUGAGAUCGCCGCCGCCGCCGGAGGAGGCGGCGGCAGUGACAGCGACGGUGAAAAUGAGGGACCCAUUUGCCGAACUGAGGUGUUAUCUGAAGAAGAAGCUCAAAUAGCUGAAAAGAUUCAUUCUUUAAUCAAAGACCAUCACCGGAAAAACCCUACAGCUACUCCUACUUCCAUUCCCUUAAACCCUAACAUCACUUUCCCAACUCUCUCCUUCGAUUUUUCUAGUAUCUUCGAUAACCGGUCCAUUUCCCCGCCGGUCGUCAGCCGGGUCAUCGAUAAAUGCGGGUCGGUUCGCCAUGGUAUCCCAUUUUCACAGGCUCUAGCUUUCUUCAAUUGGGCUGCAGCUCGUGAUUCGUGUGGAUCUUUCUUAAAUCCUGAGCCUUACAAUGAAAUGAUUGAUCUUGCUGGAAAGGUACGUCAAUUUGAUGUUGCUUGGCAUUUGAUUGAUUCAAUGAAACUGAAAAAUAUCAAAAUCCCAAUUGAAACUUUUUCGAUUUUGAUUCGUCGUUAUGUUCGUGCUGGUCUUGCUUCUGAAGCUGUUCAUACGUUUAAUCGAAUGGAGGAUUAUGAUUGUAAGCCAGAUAGGAAUGCUUUUUCUGUAGUUAUAGGGAUUUUGUGUAAGAAAAGAAGGGCAGCUGAAGCACAAUCGUUUUUUGAUAGCUUGAAGGAUAAAUUCGAGGCUGAUGUUGUGUUAUACACUAGUUUGGUUCAUGGUUGGUGUCGAGCAGGUAAUAUAUCCGAAGCAGAAAGGAUUUUUCGAGAUAUGAAGGAUGCAGGGGUCCAGCCUAAUGUGUAUACUUAUUCUAUUGUGAUUGAUGCAUUGUGUAGGUCGGGGCAAACUACUCGUGCCUAUGAUGUUUUGUCGGAGAUGAUUGAUGUUGGUUGUCAACCUAAUGCUAUUACGUUUAAUAACCUUAUGCGUGUCCACGUGAAGGCAGGGAGAACAGAGAAGGUACUCCAGGUGUAUAAUCAGAUGAAGAGACUAUCAUGCUCUCCUGAUGUUAUCACGUAUAACUUUUUGAUCGAUGCUCAUUGUAGGGAUGAGAAUCGUGACGAAGCUCUUAAGGUGGUUAACGUUAUGGCUAAGAAAGGAUGUGAACCAAAUGCUUCUACUUUUAACCCUAUUUUUAGAUGCAUUGCCAAGGCUCGUGAUGUAAAUGCUGCUCAUCGAUUGUAUGCCAAGAUGAAGGAGUUGAACUGUAAGCCUAAUACAGUGACGUGCAAUAUAUUGAUGAAGAUGUUUGUGGAAUCAAAAUCUACUGACAUGGUUAUCAAGCUCAGAAAAGAAAUGGACGAGAAUGAAGUAGAGCCUAACGUGAACACUUUCAAGAUUCUGAUUUCCAUGUACUGUGGGAUGGGACAUUGGAAUAAUGCAUAUAAAUAUUUCAGAGAAAUGAUUGAGGAAAAGUGCUUGAGACCAAGUGAGUCGGUUUAUGACAUGGUUCUAAAACAAUUAAGAAAGGCAGGGCAACUAAGGAAACACGAAGAAUUGGUGGAGAAGAUGGUUGAUCGGGGCUUUGCUACUCGUUCUGUGUAAAAGGCGUUUGGAAUGUAGAACAUAUCAAAGCUUGGAGGAGAGAAGCCUUUUUCGAUCUUGCAUUGGUACUCCACUCUUCACUUUUGUCUACUUACUGCUGGAACAUUUCAAUCAUAGUAGCGAAUUCAUUUCCUUUUAGUAAGUUAAGUGAAGAUCAUUUUUCUUUCUGCUGAAUGAUAACUUAAAUGAGAAAUAUCACGCGUCUGUUGAUCUCGGAUAAUCAAGGUAAAGACAUUAGAGAGUGUUUGAUCUUGCAGUAUAGACUUUAACUCGUAUCGGGUUGUUUUCCCUUCUAAAUUUUUGAGUACAUUGUACAAUAUUUUGCUUCUUUUUGCCAUGUAAGUCAAAGAGUGAUCAAAUGUUUGGAUACACUUAUCUUGAAAUAACGUUUAGCAUAGUACAUUGCAUAAAUGACAUGUCAAAUUAUAUUGAUAGUGUAAAUAAUCUUUACAUUGUCAACGUAUAUAACUUAAUUUAAAUCCGUUGGAUCGGACCUUUUCAGGGGGCCUUUGGAGUGGUCAUCUGAAUUGCUAGCCCCGGCAACGAGUUAAACGACUGCAGCCUCUGUGAUAAUGAUUAGCUGGAGUUUUUGUUUUUUUACCUCCAACACUAGGAUUUGGUGGAAAUUUUAUGUAUUUUUUGCUGCCUGAAACCUCUGCAGAGCUUGAAAAUGCGACAAGUAAAAUGAAGCAAAGAACAAUAACAACGUUAAUGCUUUUGUUUCCA